CUAUGGAUAUCACAAAAGAGAGAGAAGAUAUAGCAGAAAUUAAUCAUUUUAGUCAUGAAAACCAUCCAUUAAAGCUUGUAAACUCAGAGAUGAUUGUAAAUGCUGCUUUGGACAAUCGUGGUGGUGGUGUAAUAGGUUGCUAUGCAUGUCAUAAACCUAUAUCAUCACGUGGUUUUGCAUAUGGUUGCAUCCAAUGUGGUCACUUUAUGCAUAAGGCAUGCGCACAACUUCCGCUCACCAUCAAUCUGCCUUCAUUAUAUGAGCAUCCUCUAACACUAUUCAAUUUCGGACCUACAACAUUCAAAUCUUGGUUUUGUGAUGUUUGCUGUAGUCUAAACCAAUUUAAGGGGUUUUGUUAUAACUAUGGAAAACCUGAGGACAACAUUAACUUUAAUGCUUGCAUCGACUGUUGCGUUGUUGAGAUUGCUCGCAAAGAGGAAGCUGAUGCUAUGAAGAAGGAGACAAGGAUGAAGGUCAAACAUGAAGGCCAUCCACAACACACUUUAACCCUACAGUUAAAACCAGCUGCAUUCCUUUGUGAUGCUUGCAAUUCUAAGGAUGAAGGCUUGUUUUAUAUUUGCGACAAUUGUGGGUUUUGGAUCCACAAGACUUGUGCUUCCUUAGCCCCUACCAUCCAUCUACCCCAUCACCCUGAUCACCCACUCAUACUGGUCUAUUCUCUUCCAGAAAAAUUCUAUAAAUUCGCUUACUAUUGCGAAUUUUGCAAGAUUUACAUCCGAAGAUACGAUUGGUUGUACCAUUGUGAAAACUGUAGAUAUUUUUCCCACAUCAAAUGUGCCUUAAAUGCAAAUGCAGGGACACCUUCUACUCCAGGAGAUGGUCCAAGUACUUCCAUUGCGGAUGAAGAGGUAGAUAAUCUGUUGCAAUUUCCCAUGUCAAAUGCGUUUACAGAUCCACUGAAACUGCUACAUUCUGGAAUGAUAGCACCAGAUGAUGAUGAUGAUCAGAAAACUAUGGUUAACCAUUGGAGUCAUUGUCAUCCAUUAAUCCUUCAAGCUAACAUGUCUGGCUGUAGUAGUGAUCGAUUAGAGGUAUGUCGCGGGUGUGUACGACCCCUCUCCCUUCCCUACUACAGUUGCAAAUCAGAUGGAUGCUCAUUCACUCUCCACAAAUAUUGUGCCGAGUUACCCCUCAAAUUAGAACAUCAGCUUCAUCCAGCUCAUUCACUUUACUUGGAGUUUCGACAAGGGUCGUACUAUGCAUGUCAUGGUUGUCUUAGCUAUGGAAACAAUUUUUUUUACAACUGCCAAACUUGCAAGUUCUACCUCUGUGUCAACUGUGCAUUUCUACCCAAAAGUAUCAAACAUAAAUCCCACAAGCAUCCUCUUAUCCAAGUUAUUGAUCCCGAACCUCUUUGUAAAGCGUGCAACAAAUGGUCUGAUGGGAUGAGUUAUGAUUGUAAGGCUUGUAACUUCAUAUUAGGAAUGGAAUGUGCAACGAGGUUACCGAAUUCCAUUUCUCAUAGGUAUUGCAAAGGACAUAAAAUCCCAUUGAUGUAUCCUCCAAUCAUGGAUCAUCCUGAAGAUUUCUUUUGCGAUAUAUGUGAGACGGAAAUGCAUCCCAAGUUCCCCAUGUAUUAUUGUCAAAAAUGCAAAAAUUCUUUUCACCCUGGAUGCAUUAGUGGGUUCGACUAUUAUGAAAACAUGGUGUUCGAGGUCAGCAGAAAUGUUUCCUAUCACAAACAUCCAUUAACAUAUGUUCGAAGAAAAAGAACCCCCAAGUAUGUGUGUUCUAAUUGUAAUUGUGAUAUUAACAGUUGUUUGGUUCUUGAAUGUCGGGCAAAAGUUUGUAAUUUCAAUAUAUGUUAUAAAUGUCAUCUUAAUAAGUAGUGAUACACUGUUAAUCAUGUAAUAUGAUUUGGAAGUAACUAAGGGGUAUGGUCAUUGUUUCUAUAAGUUAUUU